UUUCGGCUUACACGGUAUUGUUGCUGGCCCGCACUCUGUUAGUUUCUCUUGUACGCGUUGGUUGUCUCUUGGCAGUGAACGGUUGCCAGUUGCUGCGUUUACGUUUUGGCCUUAUUUUCCGCCGACUUUCCGAUCCGACUUUGUGAAACAGAAAACAUUAACCAAAAUGAAGAAUCUAGUGGUAUUAUUGCUGCUGGUACUGCCCGCCAUCAUUUGCACCUUCUCUGCACCAAACAAAUUUGGUGCCUACGCGGCCGAGGCCAGUGAAGAUGAUCUGGUAGAUGUGGAAGGCGAUGAAGGUGCUGUUGCCAACGAAUAUGCUGAAACGGACGAGGAUGCUGAAGGCGAUGCGGACGAUUCUGGCAGCAGCAGCAGCUCACCCUAUGCCGAUGUCUAUUUGUUGUUUACCAAGCCACUGCACACCGCUGGCCAGCAGCUGGAUUUGCCUGGUGGCAAGCCUGUUGAAUUUCUGAUUGGCUUCACCAACAAGGGCAAGGAAGAGUUUGUCAUUGAGACCGUGGAGGCUUCAUUCCGUUAUCCCAUGGACUUCAACUACUUUAUCCAGAACUUCUCGGCCGUGGCCUACAAUCGCGAGGUGAAGCCUGGCCUUGAGUCCACUGUUUCGUACACGUUCAUGCCUUCCGAUCAGUUUGCCGGCCGUCCCUUCGGACUGAACAUUGCGCUCGCUUACCGUGAUGCCAAUGGCAUUCAGUACAACGAGGCUGUCUUCAAUGAGACCGUGCUGAUCUCCGAGGUCGAUGAGGGUUUGGAUGGCGAGACUUUCUUCCUGUAUGUGUUGCUGGCUGGCAUCUUUGUCCUAUUGCUGGUCAUUGGACAGCAGUAUCUGCUGGGCAGCUCCGGCAAGCGCAAGCGUGCUGCUGCCAAGAAGGUCAUCGAGACCGGCACUGCCAACGAUAGCAACAUUGACUACGACUGGGUGCCCCAGGAGACGUUGCGUGCUCUGCAGAAAUCUCCUCCAAAGUCGAAAACGCCAAAGACAUCGCCCAAGCCCAGCAAGCAGGCCAGUCCCAAGGCGGCGAGUCAACAGAGCCCCAAGCAGCGCAAGGUGAAGCGUUCCGCGGGAGACGACUAAAGACUGCGCUAAAUGCAACACACCAAUACACACACACACACACACACAUAUAUCUACAUACAUACGAGAACAUCCAACAUGUGUCGCAGUCUAAUAUUAAUGAAUUAUUUUUUUUUUUUCGUCAUUUGCAAUUGACAACGUAGAGAUUGUUAGUGUUUAGCUCACCUAUACACAUGCAUACACACACAUACAAAUGUAGGAGACGA